AUGUCUGCUGAACAGGUUGAAAAAGCAUAUCAAAAACAAGGAAUCUUUCAAAAUUCAAAAAUCACGACCAAAAAAGGCAAGAAAAAGAGCGGUAGAUGGUAUAAAGAUGUUGGAUUAGGUAUUAAAACUCCAAAAGAAGCCAUCGAAGGAACUUAUAUAGAUAAGAAAUGUCCUUGGACAGGAAUGGUUUCUAUUCGUGGUAGAAUCUUGUCAGGAGUUGUUGUGUCUGCAAAAAUGAAGAGAACCAUUAUUGUUCGUAGGGAGUAUCUUCAUUACAUUACAAAGUAUAACCGUUAUGAAAAACGGCAUAAAAAUGUGGCAGCUCAUUUGUCACCUGCAUUUAUUGGUGUUCAAUCUGGGGAUACGGUCACUGUUGGUCAAUGCCGUCCUCUUUCCAAGACUGUUCGCUUUAAUGUUCUCAAGGUUCAAAAGCAAGUACAGAAAGGUUCCAAGAAAUUUUCAAAGUUUUAA